UGUUUCGGAACAAGUGUAGCUCAGCAACCUUGAUUACAUUCAGACCAGAAGACAGAACACAAGUAGCGCGUCAAAUGAUAACAAGUGUUAUCUAGUGAUUGUUAUACUGAUUAAAUAGUGUUACAUAAAUAUAAUAAUGCUAUAUGCAUUCAUUGUCACGGCAGUAGUGGGCGUGUUGUUACCGGCGCACAACGCAUUAACAACAAAUAUGACAAAAAACCUUAAAGUUCUCGUGUCUUCGAACGACUAUCCUUCCAGUGGGUUGGACGUACUUCGUGAACAUUUCACGGUGGUUCAGAGCCCAUACUGCAAUUUUGGCGAAGAAGGCGCUAAUGAGAACAAGGCAGAACUGCUGAAACUAAUACCUGGAUCAUCAGCACUGGUAUGGAUUUCACAUCAUCCCAUCACGAAAGAAUUAUUGGACAAAGCAGGUCCUCAACUGAAGAUCGUGAGCACUGCUUCCGCUGGUUACAACCACUGCAACGUGCCAGAGCUGAAGGCCCGUGGCAUCAAACUAUCGAACACUCCCAAUGUUCUCAGCUCGGCUGUAGCUGAAAUCGCUGUUGGACUCAUCCUAGGAGCUGCAAGACGAUUCACAGAGAACCUAGACCAAGUUCGAAGGGGAGAAUGGGAAAAUGGCUUCAACAAGGUAUUGGGACAAGACGUUAGAGGCAGUACCGUAGGCAUUGUAGGCCUCGGUGGUAUUGGUCAAGCUACCGUCAAGAGGCUGUCCGGAUUUGAAGUCGGCAAGUUCCUUUACACUGGCCAUAGAGAAAAGCCUGAAGCGAAAGCCCUCAACGCGGAGUUCACAUCACUUGAUAACCUGCUAGAACAGAGUGACUUCAUUGUGCUAGCGGUACCUCUAACUGACGAAACUCGUCACAUGAUCAACAGCACUACCCUCGGGAAAAUGAAGAAGAACGCCAUUCUCGUCAACGUUGGACGUGGGGAUUUGGUGGACCAAGAGGCUUUGUACGAGGCUUUGAAGAACAAGAACAUUUACGCAGCAGGACUUGAUGUCACCACACCAGAGCCUCUGCCAAAGGAUCACAAAUUACUAACACUGCCUAAUUUAUUUGUCCUGCCUCAUAUUGGGAGUGCUACACUGCGUACAAGAAGCGACAUGGCUGUGCUCGCAUCCAACAACGUAGUAAAUGCUCUCACCGGGAAACCUUUAAUUACUCCAGUCCUGCCUUGAUUCAAACUCAGAUAUGUUAUCCAUAUUCUUAAAAAUAUAACAAGAAAUGGUCUAGGGACUCAUAUUUUGUUAAAUCUUUACUAAUAUUAUGUAUUGACUUUUUUUCUAUAAUGUAUUUACAUAAAAUUACAGUAAUUAAAAUAAGUUUUGAAUAUGGAAUAUAUGAAUUACUCUUUUCAGAAU